GGGAUUCUGCUCCAAAGUAUGCAGUGAUAAAGGCAUUGGUGGUGUUCUGGGGGGGAGGAAUUGUGGGAAAUGGAGUCAAAGUCCUAGUGCCAAAUGGUUCUAUUGUGACUGCUCACCAAGGGCAGAAAGAAUGUGGCAGCACCCAGUCAGACAGGCGGCGCUGCACUGGCCUGCUUGAGUCACGCCAUGUCGGAGUGCCUCUCUCUCUUCUGCCGUGGUCAUUUUUAGUCUUUGACGUGGACUUGUUAAACUGAGCGCUUGCAACCUAAGAAGAAGGUGAGGUGUCCACUCCAGACGCUUCAUUUCUGUCAUGUAGAAGGACUAUUAGGAAUAUUAUUACAAUGCUGGCUCACCUGGAGCUCCAUUGUGUAACUUUCUCACAGGUGACAUGAGCGCCGUUGGAGGGUGUGCGUCUACUCUGGCAACAUCUCAGCCGCAGGAGCACCACUGUGUCUCAACUGAGCCACGAAGCUUGGAAAGGAUGUCUGACAAGGACGUGAUAGCGCUGCCUAAACCUUCUCUCGACAUGUCCAGGCAAGGGACCCGGACCCUGACGAGGCUGUACUGUAGGAGUGGAGGGCACCAACUGAGGAUCUUGCCUGAUGGGAGUGUGAAUGGAGGCAGGCAGGACAAUGACCCCUAUGACAUCCUGAGGCUGAAGGCUGUGAGUGCCGGAGUGGUGGUGGUGACAGGUGAAAACACGGGAAGGUACCUGGCCAUGAACACUAAAGGGAGCCUCUAUGGAUCACUCACCCUCAACGAUGAGUGUUACUUUCACGAGAAAUACGAGGAGAACAAUUACAACACGUACUGCUCCAAGAAAUACAACUGGUACGUGGCGCUGAAGAGGAACGGCAAACCUAAACUGGGACCGAACACCGACCAGGGUCAGAAGGCCAUCCUGUUCUUGCCCUUGUCGGCGGACGCGAGCAAUGACGUCAAUGACGGCGGCGUGUGUGUCUGCUCGCCGCCCAUGUUCCACGGAAAAGACCCUCAGGAUCAGCCAGAUAAAGAGUCAACAUAAGAUAAAUUCAAUGUAUUUUCACAGUCAUGUUUCUUUUUAACCCACAAAAAUAAGUCAAAACACAGCAGAAGUGGUACAAUUUGGACGUAUUUGUGGUCCUUUUGCACAAAAUGUGAUGAUAACCACAGAACCAUUACUUGAACUAAAGCAGACACAGGAAAGGUCCUGGCGACUUAGUACAAAUAACAAUCAUACAUUGUUUUGACCCAAGCAAAAAGUAAUGUGAAUAGCAUUUAGCAUUAUGGCUAACGAUGGCUAAAAUAUAUGUAAAAUAUAUGUUAGUUUGAUUUUCUUAUGUAGUGCUUAACUUCACAUUCUGCUUCUUACGACAACUUCAAACAAAAUGUGGUUUUACUGCUUUUGUGUUAGUUAACAAUAUACCCACUCUUCAAUGGUUCAAAAUACAGCAUUACUGUAAGUGUACAGCUGCUACAUACAGCUGCUUCUUCUGUAUUCGUUUCAACACAACAGAGCAUAAUUAUACAAUAAUAAUGAUAUUACAAUAAUAUUUUAUGAUAUACAGAUCUGCAACAUUUAUUUAAAAGUGUUCAAAAGGCUCCAAAAAGAAUCGUGAAUAGUACUUUACUGUGACAUUAUAAAAAUGUGUUUUAUUUAUAAUAUUAAUUCGUGACUAAUAAAAGUUUACACGUUUAUUUUUUUCCACUGUACACGUUUUUAUUUAACUUAU